AUGACUACGGGAAAAGAAGGCAACAAUGCUGAGAAAAACAAUACCGACAAUGCGGGGACUGCAGCGGCAGAACUACAAUCCCCACCACCCCUGCUGUCGCCCCAGGCAGCCGAAGCGCAGCAGCACCUGGAUAGGGUCAGGAGCGAGAGAACAUUGCAAGCAUCAGAAUCAGAUACAUGUAAUGCACAAGACGAUGUAUCCAUUAAUAGUGAUGACGCUGUUGGCAUCGUCGAACCAGAGCCUAUGAUUACCAGCAAGGCAGCAGCAGGCCUGCAAGACAACGACGAAAUACCUGGAACUGAUUCUCACGAGGGGAUCGAUCGUAGCCAGGGAGAGGAGAGGCAGAGUCUUACCGUCGGUGAUCUGUUACAGAGCGAUACUGCCCUUCGAACAAGACAAUUGGAUCCACCUGCCGGGCCGUCACGCGCCACUCCUCUGUACAGGACCCAAACAAGUGGCGACAAUGUUCCAGAAAGUAGCGCUCCUGGAUCUACAACGACGAGGAGUGGGGAUGGCGAAUGGGAUCAAUUCACGGAGCAUAGUUUGAAGGAAACGGACAUUUUCCCAAGUCGCCAUCCACAAAUUCCAUUCGAUACCACCACCAUGGAUGAAGCCCCUCCAGACUCCAUAUCAUACACCGAAUUGGUCAAAAUGGUACGGCAGCUCAAAUUGGAGGUAGCAGAAUUGAGAGCGGAAAAGCAACAAGAACAACAACUUGAGAAACGUGUCUCCUUUGACACUCAAGUCUCAGCACCGAGUAACACGGGACCGAGCAGUUUAUACUAUCCCAGCAACACGAAAAACAGCAGUCUGGGCACACGUCAUGGAUCAUCGACUAGCUUUGAUGAUUCGUUCCUCCAUGGAAGUUACAUUAUUAAUCGAGGAGGAAGCAACGCCGCCAAGCACUCAAAUCCAUUCCGCACAAAGUCGCAACAAUCCUCCAGUAGCAUUGCUGUGAGUGCGGUCGAUGCCAAGAGCAUUCCACUCCCAAAGCAAAUCACCAGCGAAGCAAGAGAAGUAAGUGCCCUGACCACAGCAGCACUACUAGAUGACGACAAUAGCAACAAUAAUAAUAAAGGGGAAGAAGGAAAACUGAAAACGGCGGAGCCAAAACGAGUUCCGAGACCUAGUGAAAAACGAUGGAAGCUACUACAAAAUGCCUUUGUAGCUACAAACAGGGCACUGGCCGUGGACGAAGAUGAGGUGGGAACAGGCAGUGAAUCGUCCAACAACAGCAAAAGAAAGGGAUUGUCGAAGAAGUCGUCCCUUGUGUUUAUGCAUCCUGAAGACGUCAAGGAAAUGCGUGCGUACACACCAGAAGAGCUCGAAAACGUGAAACGACGACCUUUUCCAAGUCGGUUUUUUAUCACCAAUAUCCAAGUGGCGUGGAAUACAGUUUGGCUUCGAACCAGACACACAGACCAUCAUGCCCACAAAUCUUCCUUCAUUCAGAUCCGUGAUGCGUUCAAGGCUGAUGCAAUUACAAACAAUCCAACAGGAGCCAAGUACGCUCUGACAGAACUACUCAACAUGUGCUACGGAAUGGAAGAGAGCGAGUACUACAGCUUUGCUUGCACCGUUGCCUCUGCUUUCUCCAUUGAUGCAUCCAAUACAGAGUUCGAGAGUUCUCUGCUCCUACACGCUCCAGACCAUGCCCGCGAAGAGCACUUGAAGAAAACAGAGGAUGAUAUUAGGAAUAAUCACAGGAACCUGAAGGAAAAGGAAGUCCAGCGUCGAAAGCUGGAGCAUGAACAAGACCUUGCAAGGAAGAGGAUACGGCAGCUCCUGAACAUUGUCUUUUCCAAACUGAAGCAAAAGAAGAUCUUGGUGGAUGAUCAGAAAAACAACAUCUAUCGGCUCGUCCUGUGCAUGACCAAGUACAAUGUUCACAGUCGUUUGCCUUUCAUGUAUGCCGCUUUCUCCUUCUUCUUCCAGAUGUGUGCUGGUCUUUAUGUUGCCCUCAGCUUGACCAAGUUGGAACAAUUUGACGACGAUGACGAAGACCGGUGGUAUAACAGUACUUCUUUGGUAGGCAGAAACAUUGCUUUGGCCCUGGGUACCUGGCUUUACGGUCUGAUGGUUGCUUUCCCAGAAGUAAUGACUUCCAAAGAGGUCUUUGAAUGCUUGUAUCGGUCGGAAAUUUCAUGGUUGGCAGUGAUGGAUUUACUUGUCAAUGUCAUCCUGCCCGUCGGAGUGGCGUUCUGUGGUUUCUUUGUGGUCCUGUCUGGAGAAACAUUCCUUGAUGGCGUCUUGAAUUCUGUGGCACUGAUUUUCAUUGCUGAGAUUGACGAUGCGCUUCCCCGACUUCUGGAGCUGGACACUAAGGAUAUCGUUCAAGGUUUCCUUAUUGAUCAAGCGAUUGAAGAGUACGACAUGCUUCUGGCUGCUCAUGAGAAGUAUGCAGAUCUUGCCCACGUCCAUUCAAAGAAUGUUCCGACCAUUGAAUUCAGCGACAUGUUUUUGACCAACACCCAGGAGAGUGGCAGCAUUGCUGCCAAAGGUGUUACAUUCCAACCAUAUGAGGUUUUUGGAGACCCAGAAGAAGUGCCUCAAUUUGAAGGAAGCGGUGUCCUAGUCCUGGCCGGCAGCGUUAUCAGCCUAGCCGAGAGCGUACGGAGCCGAAAGCGUACCCGCAGAGCUACAGGAACCCAGGUGAAUAACAAGCGUUCGGUGACUGCUGACUGUCUUCUCAGAAAAGUUGAAUGGCAGUACACGAAAGGCUUCGACGACACAUGCGUACCCAGAGUUGGACAUCUUCGACUCACCAAACUGAACGACCCCAAAAAACGCCCAAUCAAUAUAAGAGGGAAAAACAAGGAAUGGGAUGAAGAUUUGAAGCCCUUCCACUCCGUGACCGGUGUUUUCAUCAUUACAACCUUCAGUAUGUCUGAUGAUGUCUUGCGGCUACGAAUAUGCGGGUCGACGAGCAUCGAGGGUUUUGUCGACGCCUUUGAUUACUAUAGCCUAUGGCCCCUUGAUAGGAGUGCCCGCGAUAUCCUCAUGGAGAAAGAAAUAGGUCACACACCCGAGGAGUGGCGCGCCAACGAACGAGCCCUGAAUGGUGACGACAGACCAAAAUUCAAGUUGAAGAAACGCAACGUGCAGGAGCCUUUUAUCCCCAACCAGUCCGAGGCUUCAGCACGUCCCAAUAACCAGACGGAUGACCCAGAUCCUGAAGCUGAAGACACUCUGAUCAUCACCAAUUUCUCUGCAAGCCCCGCCAAGACUGCGCCAACUUAUUCGACAGAGACACAGGAAUCUGCGUUAGAUGGCUCCGAUUUGAAUGCAGUCGAGGAAGAAGAGAUUGACACAACCCAACCUGCCGAGGAAGAAGAGAUUGAUCUUGGCGCUCCCACGACAACUACACCCAACACCACCACGGCACCUGUCCCCCCCGGAGAUCAGAACUCGUGGAAUGUUCUUCAAGCCCGUGCUUUCUCUUCUGAAAGGGACUAA